CAGCUCUCUAUCCGGUGCACUACUUCGGUUGCUAAGGAACCAUUGAAUGCAGGUGGCAUAAAAAUGACGGUGGCAUAGUGAGAAAGCUGGUCAGUCUGGCUGGUUGAGGUGUGGAGGGACGCCACAAACCACGCCAGGAUUCUGACUAACUCAGUUUCCACUGCCCUCAGUAAAUGUCCUCAUCAUCUCCAUGUCUAUCCCUGGAUUGUAGCUACAAAUAUGGUGACACUUAUUACAGAGCAGCUCCGCCAGCAGAGUUUGGAAGAUCCCUAUUACAAGGCUUUCUCAUUCAAUGUGAAUGUGUCAUUACCUGCAGUGGGCUCCAGUCCCACUGUCUCAUGGGGUGCUUGUAGAUCAACACAAGAGACCCGCUCAGCUACACAGCCAUCCUCCAAAGCCAACCUUCUGGAUGAUUCCUGUGGACUAGACUCUCCAUGGCCUCCUUCACAUUUGGAAGAACUUCUCCAGAGACCGGAGGUUUCUUUUACAAACGAGGCUUUCCAAAGCUCUCCUCCACCACCACCUCCAAAACGCCACUGCCGGUCCCUCUCUGUUCCAGAGGACCUAUCUCGGUGUCGCUCCACCUGGCAUCCUAGUGCAUCUAGGGUUUGGACCCCAGUCAAACGUGGAGGAGCAUCUAGUUCAAGCUCUGGAGCCAGCUCUUUGCCACUUUGUGGUCCCAGUUCCUCUUUGACCUCUUCCUCCCUCCACUCAUCUUCUAGCCCUACUUUCUUUAGCUUAGCUCUGUCCUCUGACUCCCCACUACCAUGGAGCUUCUCGUGGGACCCCUGUGACAAAUUGAAAGGAGCCUGUUCUGCCUCUUUUGCUACUCCUUCCUCUGGCUCCCCCUCACCAGCCCCCCUGGUGUCUCACUCAGUGCUGCAGCGCCGCUUCUCUCUCUCCCCUGUGCACAUUCAGGGUGCCUCCAUGGUGCAUCUGCCCCCUCAGCCCUCCCCUGCUUCUGCUCUGACUUAUGGCAUGGAACACCCAGCCCUGUCUCCAUCUCCCACUUCAGCCUGCAGCACGCCAUCCUCCUCUCGGCGCAACCUGCACCCAGCACUGCCGCGAUGCCACUCGCAGCCCUGCGACAUGCGCAAACCUCGCCUCAAGAGGCGCCAUGACCCAGAUGUUCUGCCCUGCCCCAGGCCAGGCCUUGACUUCAGCAAGAUGACACAGAUUGGUAAUCACGAGAGCCUAAUUUGUGGUAAAGGUGGCUUCAUAGUUCCAGCGUCUUCCCAGGCAGAGCAGCGCUCGGCCUUUUCCCCUGCAGAGUUCCUGGGACGAGCCAGCAUUGGGCCACUAAGUGAAAGUGAAGAAGAAGAGGAGCAAGAAGAUAAAAGAAAAAGGACUACAAUAGAUGAAGGGCAAAAGGUUAUUUUUGAAAGAGACUGCACAGAACUGGACUUGAACCUUAUAGAAGAAAACUGACCACUCCUUGAUGCUCGAAGUGUGAUUACUGCAUUCAUAACUAUGUUAAGCACACCUGUAGGCUUUGUGUGCUCUUCUGGCGGAGUCCUUGGGAACCUGCUGCCCUCCUAAGGCGCAUAUCCAGAGUUCAUAAUCAAGAACCAAGCAAUUCGAAGCUAAUAUCAAAUUACAAUUUUCUGAUUGUAACAUUUGUGCUAGUUCACUAUUCAACAUUUCACAAAAAAUGUUACAGUGCCUGCCUACUCAACACUCCAUAGGGAAAUGUGCAUGAGCAAAUAAGCUAGUUUUAAUGCACACAGAAUUUGUUAUUUCAUAUUGAUAAGUCUUAAUUUGCGUUAACCAUUGGUAUGGAUCUUGAUAUCCUUACAUAUCCUUUCCAAAUAACAUUGUAUACUGGAGUAAGCAGAAUGUGAUUUAAUAUUUCUUCAUAAUUGAAUUGAUUAUACAUUAAAAGCCAAUAGAUUUAAUGCAACAGAGGUGGUAAUAAUAGAGGUAUCCCUCAUUGCCCAAUCAGUACUAGUGUAGUCUACUUGUAUUUGGGUCCCUGAAUUUGGACAUGACUGUAUGUGAGCUGUUAAAGGUGCACAGUGGUCAAAAAUAAUUGAGCAGCCCAAGUAACAUAAGAAUACUGAUCUAUAUAUAAAUGCUCUCAUGUAUGUUUAACUGAACAAAUUCCAGGAUUUCACUGCUGUUGCUUAAAUCCCUCACAGACCCGAAAGACACGUCUACUUUAACUGCUGUUCUGUCAUUGAUUCAGCUUGUCUGUUUUUGGAAUAAUUCUACGUCCUCAAAGGGAAAUGUUCUUGUUAUAGCAGAAAGGACCGCUCCCUCUUUCUGUUUUCUUUUUUUCUAGUAUUCUCAAUUGCUUGAACAUAAACAAACCUAGUCAAAAAUAAUACUGAUGAUGCUGUAAACUAACCAUGCCUUAAGUUUAAAAUACUGAGUUCUUGGUGCUCUGGUCUUCUUUUCACAGCCAGACAUUUUUGCAAUCUCCAUUUGUGCUGAUUCAGAUAUUUUUGAACAGGUUGCACAUGCGCUAGAAUAUUCAAUUGAAUAGCGGAAUUUAUGCUAAAACUGGACUCCGUAGGGCAAAAUGUAAUUUACUCUACAGUGGUUAGAGUGAGUACACACUCAAACCAAUUCUGAGUGUAUGUGACAAAGGCGGUAGUGAUGAUUUGGUGGAUUUUCAGAAAUGAUUUUUCAUGUGUUUUCAGAUGGAAAUAUUCCUGUUGCACAAUUUAUGUACAAAUAAAGUUUAAUAGAGAAUUUUUUUUUUUUUCUCUCA